CACUGGAGAGAGCUGUAGACAGGAGUGGAAAUUGCCUGUUUCCCUGGGCUACUUUUAAACCCUUGUGUGAGCUUUGUGUUGCUACUGUAUUUUACAUCCCCUGUGCCUCGGCUUGAAAAAGCCUGCUAGACUAGUCCAGAUGGACGCAAUUCUGAGCUGCAGACCGGAUGACUUGGAAGAUUACUACAAGUUGCUAGGAUGCGAUGAACUCUCUACGGUUGAACAAAUUCUUGCAGAAUUUAAGAUUAAAGCACUUGAAUGUCAUCCUGACAAACAUCCUGGAAACCCCAAAGCAGUGGAGAAUUUCCAGAAGCUGCAGCAAGCUAAGGAGAUUCUUACUAAUGAAGAGAGUCGAGCGCGUUACGAUUACUGGCGACGAAGCAAAAUUACCAUUCCGUUCCAGCAGUGGGAGGCCCUGAGCAAUUCUGUGAAAACGUCCAUGCACUGGGCUGUCCAAAGCAAGAAGGACCAAAUGCUGGAGGCUCCUGACUUGAAUAACAGCAGCAACAUAACUAAUGAGAUUUGGACCCAACAGACAGAAAACAGUGAAGACGGAUUGUCAGAUGGGAACAGGGAGCAAGAAGAUGUUGCAAUUCCUGAUGUGAAACCACAGUCUUCAAAGAAUCCAGACUCCCCAAGAUUUUCAGAGGCAAAUUACUGGCACUUACGUUUCCGCUGGUCAGGGGAUGCUCCCUCAGAGCUGCUGAGGAAAUUCAGAAACUAUGAGAUCUAAAAUGCAAAAUACGCAGGAGCAUGAGAUCAUCUGUUCAACAAUUCAGUAUUUUUUUGUAAGCAGUUAUAAGUUAUUUGUAUUUUGUAUUCAUUCAUUGUGAUGUGAACAUCAUUCGAAUAAAUGUCUUAAUACCGAUUUGUUAACACACAUGCUAUGAGCAUUACAGAUGGAGGUCUUUCUGUUUAAUAAGCAAACUUUAAUAAGCAAAGCCCUUUUCAGUAUUAACAUAAAGUGAUUUUGUGAAGUUAUCUAACAUCUUAUAUAUUGUUUCUUGUAUUCUUAAAUAUUGUGUAAUAUUGAAUAAUAUUUUUCUCAAUACUGUGAUGUUAUAAAGAAUGUACUCUCGGUAGAACCAAAAGUCAAUGUUAGACUCCAGCAUAUCAUCCUAUUCAGUGAUGAUCUUCCAAAAGCUAUAUGACAAUGAACUUUAAACAAACUGUGCUUAUUUGUAAUCUGUGUACUCUGGUUCACUUCUCCAUUGCAUUGUACUUACCGUAGUAAUUUAUAAUGCACGCAUGCACAAUACUAUUGCAAACUUAACUUGUUGGAGAAUUGUGAUCUUAGGAUAUAGAUGAAAUAAGAGCCUUCUUAUUAUCCAAGAAGGUCACUGUGGUAGAUGGAGCACUCUUAAAAAUCACUUGCUUUCUGUCUUAACAAGUACCCUUUUUGCACCAGCUAUUUAUUUUGGAAGGCAGUUCCAGAACUUCACUUCUCCAGUUAGCAACUUUCUUCUUCUUAAGAUUUAUUGGUGGACAGCUGAUACCCCUUGUAUGUGUGCUAGCAUUGUCCUGUGGCUUAAUAGUAAUUUCCCUCCCUGCUCUGGCCUGGUAGACAGGGUCUUAUCAGGGUUUUGUAUGGUGAGGAAUGAAGAAUCAGGCCAGUCAGC